AUGAACGAUUCUCUCGAGGAGAACAUCUCAACAUCGACUCCAGCUGCCACAAUGAGCCCCGAUCAAAUGGCCAUGGUGUUAGCUUUCUACAAUGAAACUGUUGCUUUUGAGCAAAUGAUUGGUAUCAUCAUUCCAUCGAUCUUUGCCUUGAUUAUUCUUAUCGGCGUUGUGGGUAAUGUGCUGGUGGUUGUGGUGGCACUGCAUCGACAAAUGAGAAAUAGCACGAAUACGUUGAUCAUCGGACUUGCCGUCUCGGAUUUGAUGUUUCUCCUGCUAUGCAUCCCAUUCACGGCAAUCGAUUACGCGAUGCCCGUUUGGGUGUUCCCAGAAUGGACUUGCUCGAUGAUCAACUAUUUUCAACAUAUUUCCGCCUAUUUCUCUGUGUGGACGCUCACAUUGAUGGCGUUGGAUCGAUUUUUGGCCGUUUGUUUUCCCGUUGAUUCGAUGACUCUUCGAAGCACCACCAACACUGUCAUCAUUAUGUCCAUUGUUUAUGCAAUCAUUCUUGUUUCUCAGAUUCCAAUCGGCCUCAUGCACGGGAUUUUCCACUACGAGUUCAUCAUCGAGAAUCGCUCGACAUGUGCCAUUGUGAGCAUCGCCGACAAUUCGGCUACGAUAGCACAAGCAAGAGGGUAUUUCUUUACAUUCAAUCUUUUUGGCUAUGUUCUACCAUUGGGAAUCACUUGUGUGCUGUACUAUUUUAUGCUCAAUCGACUCUGGCAAACGCCAAGGCCAGGCACUUGCAAUAGCUUGAACAGCUCAAUCAGAAGCCGACCGGAAACUGUGAAAGCAAAAAAGAAAGUGACUCGUUUGGUGCUUUGUGUGGUGAUUAUUUGGGCGGUUUGCUGGUUGCCACUCAAUGUCUGCUUCUUCUUUUCAGGCAUGGCCUACCCGGACACUCUCGUCUUGCGAGGCGGCAAAGCGAUGGUGAUCGUUCAAAUCGCCAGCCAAGUCCUCGCCUACACGAAUUCUUGUCUCAAUCCGAUUCUCUACGCGUUGAUGUCAGAUAAUUUCAGAAAAGGCUUCGUCCGAGUGCUGAGCAUUUUGUGCAAACGCGUUUCGUGUGGUCUUUUCUGUGCAAGUGAGCCGAAAUCGAUGAGCAGAAUGGAGAAAAUGAACGAUUCUCUCGAGGAGAACAUCUCAACAUCGACUCCAGCUGCCACAAUGAGCCCCGAUCAAAUGGCCAUGGUGUUAGCUUUCUACAAUGAAACUGUUGCUUUUGAGCAAAUGAUUGGUAUCAUCAUUCCAUCGAUCUUUGCCUUGAUUAUUCUUAUCGGCGUUGUGGGUAAUGUGCUGGUGGUUGUGGUGGCACUGCAUCGACAAAUGAGAAAUAGCACGAAUACGUUGAUCAUCGGACUUGCCGUCUCGGAUUUGAUGUUUCUCCUGCUAUGCAUCCCAUUCACGGCAAUCGAUUACGCGAUGCCCGUUUGGGUGUUCCCAGAAUGGACUUGCUCGAUGAUCAACUAUUUUCAACAUAUUUCCGCCUAUUUCUCUGUGUGGACGCUCACAUUGAUGGCGUUGGAUCGAUUUUUGGCCGUUUGUUUUCCCGUUGAUUCGAUGACUCUUCGAAGCACCACCAACACUGUCAUCAUUAUGUCCAUUGUUUAUGCAAUCAUUCUUGUUUCUCAGAUUCCAAUCGGCCUCAUGCACGGGAUUUUCCACUACGAGUUCAUCAUCGAGAAUCGCUCGACAUGUGCCAUUGUGAGCAUCGCCGACAAUUCGGCUACGAUAGCACAAGCAAGAGGGUAUUUCUUUACAUUCAAUCUUUUUGGCUAUGUUCUACCAUUGGGAAUCACUUGUGUGCUGUACUAUUUUAUGCUCAAUCGACUCUGGCAAACGCCAAGGCCAGGCACUUGCAAUAGCUUGAACAGCUCAAUCAGAAGCCGACCGGAAACUGUGAAAGCAAAAAAGAAAGUGACUCGUUUGGUGCUUUGUGUGGUGAUUAUUUGGGCGGUUUGCUGGUUGCCACUCAAUGUCUGCUUCUUCUUUUCAGGCAUGGCCUACCCGGACACUCUCGUCUUGCGAGGCGGCAAAGCGAUGGUGAUCGUUCAAAUCGCCAGCCAAGUCCUCGCCUACACGAAUUCUUGUCUCAAUCCGAUUCUCUACGCGUUGAUGUCAGAUAAUUUCAGAAAAGGCUUCGUCCGAGUGCUGAGCAUUUUGUGCAAACGCGUUUCGUGUGGUCUUUUCUGUGCAAGUGAGCCGAAAUCGAUGAGCAGAAUGGAGAUUACAAAUUUCCACGGCUCACACACAACCGGAUCCCAACUUCCCACACAAACAUCAAUUAGGAGAGGGACAGCCGGCUCACAGGUAAACCCAUCCGAGCGAUGUUCCUUGCUUUACGAUGAUUCGGCUCGAAGGUUACACCAUCGCUAUGACUCGAGCGCCUCAUCCAAACCUUGUGACUUUUUUUUUGCUAGACAGAAAAUGCGUUCACUUUGGGCUUUGUUGGCGCUGGUGGCGUUGGUAACAGCCUAUUCGAGUGAUCGUCAUCAUCAACGACAUCAUUUACAUCGUACAGCUGUUGGGCCGACAAGAAUCCCCUUGAGACGUUUGACCACCAUUCGUGACACUCUUUUCGAAGCCGGAUCCUAUUCCGACUAUGCGAGACUCCGUGAGAAGGCGAUGAAGCAAAAGCUGAAGGCGUACCUCAAUCGUCAAGCAAAGAGCAACGUUUUCAGCCCUGAUGAGCACUUGAGAAACUAUAUGGAUGCUCAAUACUAUGGAGAGAUCUCGAUCGGCACUCCCGCUCAGAACUUCUCGGUGAUCUUCGACACUGGAUCGUCGAACUUGUGGGUGCCAUCGAAGAAAUGCUCGUGGACUGAUAUCGCUUGCUGGUUGCACCAUCGCUAUGACUCGGGCGCCUCAUCCUCCUAUAAGGAGGACGGCAGAAAGAUGGAGCUUCAAUAUGGAACGGGAAGCAUGAAAGGAUUCAUCAGCUUGGACACCGUUUGCGUGUCAGAGCUUUGUGCCACCGAGCAGCCAUUCGCCGAAGCAACCUCGGAGCCGGGAAUCACCUUUGUGGCCGCGAAAUUCGACGGAAUUUUGGGAAUGGGAUACCCAGAAAUCGCUGUUCUUGGAGUCUCUCCCGUUUUCAACACCUUGAUCGAUCAGAAGAAAGUCGCGCAACCUGUCUUUGCUUUCUGGUUGAACAGAGAUCCCCAGGCUGAAGACGGUGGUGAGAUCACUUUGGGUGGCUUGGAUCCAGCUCACUACGUUGAGCCAAUCAACUAUGUGCCGGUGACCCGGAAAGGAUAUUGGCAAUUCAAGAUGGACAAGGUGCUCGGCCGUGACACCAUUGCUUGUGCCAAUGGAUGCCAAGCCAUCGCCGACACUGGAACCUCGCUCAUCGCUGGACCGAAAGCACAGGUUGAAGCCAUCCAGAAUUACAUCGGAGCCGAGCCAUUGAUGAAGGGAGAAUACAUGAUCCCUUGCGACAAGGUGGCAACCCUUCCCGACGUGAGCUUCCAAAUCGGCGGCCAAGUCUACACACUCAAGGGAUACGACUAUGUGCUCAAUGUGACUGCCGCCGGGAAGACGAUUUGCCUCUCUGGAUUUAUGGGUAUCGAUUUGCCACCGAAAGUCGGUGAUCUUUGGAUUUUGGGCGAUGUUUUCAUCGGAAGAUACUAUUCUGUUUUCGACUUUGGACAGGAUCGUGUCGGCUUCGCUCAAGCUAAACAACCCAACGGAAAGGCGGUCUACCCACCCGUUCGCCCGGCUUUGCGCCGCUUUGUUGAUGACUCGGACGAGAGCGAUGAGUUU